AUGAGGCCUGAGUGGAGGUAGGCUAACUUGCAGGCUGCAGAGGCAUAUGAUACCGACGAUGAGAAAGGAAAAAAUGCAGCAGAGCCCGGUCCUGGCGGCGUAGUUCCGGCUGGAUUCGCUUUGCAGGCUGUUUGGGAAUUAAAACGGGCGCAGAGCCUACACAAGAAUGUGCAGUUUUCAGAGGGGCGGAGACAAGCUUGCCUCGCAUCCAUUGCGAGUGAAAGCGGCGUCCAGGCAGCCUCGCUGCGAGCUGCUGUAGAGACUAGUCAUUAAGUUUACAAUAGGAGACAACAAGGUUCUCUCUCGGUCCUUCUGGGCCAGAACGGGUGGAUGUUUUUCAGCCGCAGAGACGAGUCACACAGCCGGGUAGGCAUUUUUUUUUUUCCGAUGAUGUGCUGAAACGUUAACCAGAAUCGUCCAUGGUGAAGUGACCCUGGGAUUCGAACAAGUGACCCGCCUAACAUAGUUAGAAGUGCUUAGAGAGACGCAACGUAUUGCAACCAGGAGGAAACUGCGCAGGGUUACAUGAAACGGAUCCCGGCCUGAUCUUCCUGCGCGCAAUGGUAAACAGUACCCUCCACGGCUGUUUCCCCGUGGGGUGGCUCUAAAAAGUAGACAGUCUGGUUUGUUUUCUCCAUCAACUUCCAGCCUGCGUGGAACAAAGUGUGCUUUCUGAAGCAUAACCUGCGCCCGUGAGGUGGAUCCCGGCGGUUUGUCCGCCUGGGUUUAUAUGUCGUAACAGCGCCAGUCGAGAGUCCAGCUUCUCCCGACAAUCAUCAUGAGGACCACCGAGGAGACAGAGGGCUUUGACGGCGAGGCCUCCAACACCUCCAUGAUCUCCGGGGCCAGCAGUCCGUAUCAACCCACCACCGAGCCCGUCCAUUCAAGGAACGUUUUGGGGGGGAUUAGGUGCGACAUGGAGUACCUUAAGUCAUACUUUGGGAUUUUAAAGGCCGUCGAAGUGGUCCUAUCACUUAUUGGAUUCAUCUGCAUAGAGACCAUCAUGAUGUGUUCUCCCUGUGGGGGGGUGUACUUCUUCGAGUUUGUCAGUUGCAGUGCCUUCGUGGUAACAGGAGUCCUCCUCUUUAUCUUCAGCCUCAACCUGCACACCAAGGUGCCCCAUGUUAACUGGAGCCUCACGGACCUGGUUAACACGGCUGCCAGCACCUUCUUCUUCUUCUUGUCGUCUCUUGUGUUGGCCUGCAUCAACCACAACACUGGAGCUGAAAUAGCAGCAGUGAUCUUUGGCUUCCUGGUGACAGGUGUGUAUGGAGUUAACACCUUCCUGGCGGUACGGAGGUGGCGCCGUGGCAAUGGGUGUCAGGGGCCGGCUCAGACCAGCGAGUACAUGCGAGCACGCACAGCAUCUCGUGGAGAAAUGGAAGCAAGACCUGAACUUGGAUGAGUGCUGGCAGAGAACCAGACUGAAAGGAAAGCCACACUACCGGCAGCUGACUAAGAUGGACUCUGCCCUCAGAACAGUAUUUCAUUCAAGUCUUGAGUGCAAAGGCCAUCUCAAGCUCACCACAUGCUUUUGACUUCUCAUCACCUCAGCUGUGCUUUCUGCCCGCCCAGCCACUGAAUAAAUGUUCAUUUCAUAGCCACAGACGAGCUCCGUGGCUUUGUUUAUCAGGCAUCUUGGCUUCAGUGACACAGGAAAGACUGUAACGUGAAGAGCUACAGUCACAAUUGAAGGUAUUGUUGGUAAAACCUUUCACCGACGUACCUUUCUAAGUCAGUAUGAAUGAUGACUUUCACAAAGAGCCAAAAAAAAGGCUGACCUUACUCCUGCACUAACUCCUGCUUUGGCGUAGGCGUUGACUUUUUCAUUUUAGAAAGUUGUGUUUUUCACUGUGAAUGAAGUUGAGUUACAAAAGGUUUGUACAGUUUGCUUAUUUCACGCCGCUGUCUGUGAAAUCUGUGGUAAUAAAUUUGACCUGUGAGCAAAACUGACAUGAGAUAUUUGAAUCUAAAGAUUCCACAUGGUGACAUGUUUGUUUCCCCUUUGCCAUUGUUAUGUCAUCAUGUAGGCGCUGUGGAAAACGGCUGCCUCUCCAGUGGAUGCUGGUAACUUUAAUUUCCUUGCGGGAGACAUCCCAAAGGGAUUAAUAAAGCUAAGUCUAAGUCUAAGUCUUAAGCUCCCUGCUGCCAACAAUACAAUACAGGGUUGUUCUUCAUCAACUCCGAUGAAGACAGGCACCCCAACAAAAGGUCAACAUUUUUAGAUCUUCUUUGCAACACAAAUGCAUCCAGUGGGUUUGCCACAAUAAUGAGACCAAUGUAAAAAUGUCUUUUCUAUCCCAGGUUGUGUAUAAACUAUUCAGAAGAGAUUCACACUAGCAUUCCUAAGAUUUUAAUUUCGAGGUCUGUUAGGUUAACACUGUGAGACAGGAGUAGGUUGUAUCACGCGAUGAUCGUAAUUGGUAUCGUGUUACCUUUGCACAUACUGUAUCCAAGGCUUCAGGUUACACAAAUGUUGACGGUACAUCAGUGAGAUUUAUUAUGACAUCAGUAGAUGCCCUUUAGCCCUUAGAUUGUAUCUCAGGUAUUGACACACUCCUUUCAUCUUUGAUUCUAAAAAAAACAUUUGAAAUAAAAUCACAGGUUGCCUUGGUUCAACGUUGUAUUUCUUAAGGCCUUCCUAAUUACUAGACAUGAUAGGACUAUCAUAAAGAAUGGAAAUUAACUGAUAAAAUUAAUUUAAAAAAGGAAGUCAAGUGACGGUGAAGUCGGUGAGAUGGAAAUACGGCAAUUUCAGCAUUAUUGUCACAGCUUUCACUCUAUUUGGUUGUAUUAAAAUUUCUGCAUAUGUAUCUACAGUAUAUUAUUACAUCAUGUAUUAUGAAAUCUCUAUCAUUCCACAUUGCAUCUGUUAUAAGGCUCAUGCAUACAGAACGCAAAACAGAUGUCAUUCCUUCAAUGUUUUUUUUCUGUUCGGACAAUGUAACUCGGCUUAAUCUUAAACAAAUCACAUAUUUGCUUUUUAUGAUGAAGGAAGAAAUGUCAACUUAAUUGUUGGUGUGUUACAUUGCUCAAAUGUAUUGAAUUUACACUACAGUUACACAUGUGUAUGUCUUCUAUGUUGUUUGAGACCUUUAUGUAAAUUAGCUUUGGGAGUUUGUGCAUGGUCUAACUGACUAUCUGACUCUAUGGCUCCAUCUCCUGGUCGUCAUCUAAAAUAUAUUCCUUCAGAGGACUGUACGGCCAGAUGACUACAGUAGUGUGUAUAAGAGAAGGAUCAUAAAUGCGUUUGAAUGUGGGUUGAAAUGAAAAAUAGAAACUAUGGCUUCUUAAA